AUGAGCGGAAUUUGCACUUAUACUUCGGUAGUGUCGACAGAUCGAUACUGUCGUUGUAUGGCACGAUCUCAGGCGGACGGGACUGGCACGAGAGUGCUGUACCCCUGGAUAAAUUCAUCAGUCCCCACAUUAUUGCCUUCGGCACGAUGGCGGAUCUUCGCGAUGAUGAACGUCAUCACGUCGCAAUUCGUCGACCAAACGUUGGAAGCCUCAUCCAAGGAUCGUCGCGACCACAUGGUCUCCAGCCUUAUGGACGCUUUCUCCAAGACAGGUGUUCGUGCAGAGAUGGUGACCGAGGAAGAUUUCAUGAAUAACCUCACCCACCCCUCCAUGAGGAGCUUCUUGAAGGACUUGUACAGGCGGGAGGAGGUGAGCCCUGAGGAGAUCCGGAAGUCGCGCCUUUUCGAGAUGCUUGACGACGAUGGAUCCGGCGAGAUCACCAGAGAUGAGCUCGUCCUGGGAUGCGUGAGAUUGACUGGUAGCGCAACCUCGCUGGACCUUGCCGUGCUCAAGCUUGACGUAGAGAAUCUGCGGAGAGAUGUCGGGGACAUCUGCGAAAUGCACAGGGCUGAGGGCAGGAUGGACAGGAUGCCGUCAAAGAACGUCGUUCCGAGAAGUUCCUUAGGAAGCGAAAAGAACGAGAAGCGCGUGCCAAUGGCAGCAUGA